AUGGAUGCAAGUACUAAAGACAACAUUAGCAAUCUUACUUCCAUUUCUACGUUUCUGCUGUGGGAAUUCUCAGAACGACGAGAACUGCAGAUCUUGCACUGCUUUCUAUUCCUAGCAAUGUACUUGACAACCAUAAUGGGGAAUCUUCUCAUCAUUGUUGCAGUAGCCCUUGACCAUCACCUUCAUAAACCAAUGUACUUUUUCCUAACAAACUUGGCCAUGAUGGACAUUGGCACUAUUUCUGUCAUGAUACCCAAAUCUAUAUCCAAUUCCAUCUUGAACAAAAGGUCCAUUUCUUAUUCUGGGUGUGUGGCUCAAGUUUUCUUCUAUGUCUUAUUUGCACCAGCAGAUCUUUUCCUUCUAACUGUAAUGGCACAUGAUCGGUAUGUUGCCAUCUGCAACCCAUUACAAUAUGAAACAAUUAUGCACAAAGGAGCCUGUGUUCAGAUGGCAGUCAUUGUGUGGAUUAUUAGUAUGUUUUAUUCCAUGUUACACACUUGCAGCACCUUUGCAAAUACCUUCUGUUCUAAUACUGUUGACCAGUUCUUCUGUGAAAUCCCAACAUUACUAAAGCUCUCCUGCUCUGACUUUUACUUAGUUGAAGUUGGGUUUCUUGUGCUAAGCUGUCUUCUAGGACUAGGAUGCUUCAUAUUCAUAGUCAUAACAUACAUGCAGAUCUUUUCCACAGUGCUUAGAAUUCCUUCAGUGCAUGGUCAGAAAAAAGCCCUCUCCACUUGCCUUCCUCACCUCACUGUUGUCUCUGUGCUUAUAUUCAGUACACUCUUUGCUUAUGCAAAGCCUCCCACUAAGUCUUCUUCUGAACUGGAUAUAGCUUUUGCUGUGAUAUAUACCAUAAUUCCCCCCACAUUAAAUCCAUUCAUUUACAGCAUGAGAAACAAAGAGAUCAAGACUGCUUUGUGGAAGCUCUUAGAUUUGGGACAUUCUUCUAAAGCUAUGUUUAGAGGUCUAUAG